AUGAUUUAUGAUCCAAAAAUCCACAAAUAUGUAUGUAAGCACUGCCCGAAAAAGCAGUACAAAAACAAGCGGCAUCUAUACGACCAUCUGCACUACGAAUGCAACAAACUCCCCAUGACGUGUAUGGUGGUCGGUUGUGGUAAGGAAAUCAUGAGGCGAAAUAGCAUGAAGAGACAUCUCCAAACUAUGCAUCAAAUCAAGGAUUCAUGGGAGAUUUAUGUGGCUUAUAUUGUACCAGCAGAAAAUAAAUUAAAAUUACCUCAAUCGGGGAAUAUCCAGUAUAUCAGUGAUGCCAGUUUGUGGAUACCGCCUAGCGAGUCAUUAGACUUAAAAGAAUGUUUUGAUGCAUCUAUACAGAAAUACGUUUGUCUCAACUGUCCCACAAGGCAGUACAAAAACAAGCGCCAUCUGUACGACCAUAUUCAUUACGAAUGCAACAAACUACUGCUGACUUGUAUGAAAGACAACUGCGGAAAACAGAUAUUGAGAAGAAACAAUAUGAAAAGGCAUUUGAAAGCCACUCAUGGAGUAGUCGGUGAUGAUUGGGAAAAAUAUGUUGCGUACAUCAGUGAUGAUCCUCUCAUGGCUCCAUCUUUGGUAGGAAAUGUUCAGUUUAUUUCCAAUAAGGACGAAUGGAAGACUCCAGAUUGAGAAAGCAUGCGAGCUAAAUAAUGGAAGUGGAGAAGGAUAGAAUCAUUUUAUUUUUUAAACUUAGAAGGGAAUCUCAUUCUUAUUUUCUCAUUUUAUUUUUUAGUUAAAUUUAUUCAUUUUGGUAUGAUAAACAAAAUGUUACGCCUCAGUUGGCCUUGAUCGAUAAAGAUAGUUGAUAGUUAUAAUUAAUUUAUUAGAUUUUUGUAAUGUUUCUAGCUAGUUCUUUGGCGUCUAGAAAUUUCUUUUUUUCUUGACUAUAUGUUUGUUCCUGACGCCCAUACUAUGUUUUUCAUUUUUUCCAGCUUUUCACAGCUUUUUACUUGUCUACUAUCUUUUGCUUAUUAAAAUAUAUUGACAUAAUUUGUAAAUAAUUCCUACAACAAUUAAAUAAUUUGAUUUGAUUAAUUUGGACAAUCAAUUUAAAUUUAUCGUGUUUUCUUUUUGUUUUAAACAAUUCAUAUCUAAUAUCUUAAUUUCUUCUAUCUCUCUUCUUAUUGAUUUUGUUUUCAUCACCUCAUCCACUUUCUUACUAUUGAGUACGAUCUUUAUUUAGUCGUCUUCUUUUUUUCUUAUUUUUUCCUUGCAAAAUCCCUUCGACAUAGUGUUUUGUGAUACUCUUGUCAGCUAAUUUAUUUUUCAGGUAUUACCAUUUCCUUUGUCUUUAUCUCAAGUUUUCUCCGAAUUUCUGUGUUCUUUGCUUUAUUCAUAUUGCUGACCCAUAAUAUUCUUCAGAUGAUCUUCAACUUGUAUUCCCUUAUAUCAAUUUUCUAUAAUUCUAAUUUAUACAGUUUCAUACAAUACUACAGGUAAUUUAUUUGUAUUCUUCUAUUUCACAGAUGCCUUCUGUUGAAAUUUCAUGUAUUUCUUCACUAUUUUCUUCGAGAGUGACCAGUAAUUUCAUUUGUUCCCAUUACUCCCUCCAAAAACCCCCUCUGAUUUUUUUUUGAUUUUCCUAUUUACGUCAUUCUUUUUGUUAAUCUCUUACGAUCCAUUGUGGUUUGGACAACAUUAGUAAUUGGAUUUUUCUCGUAUCUAUCAUCUUCCUAAGAUAUUUUAUCUCUACAUUUGUGUUAUCUUCAGGUAUUUUUAUGUAGGGUCAUUUGAGGACAUAAGUAGUUUCUGAUAUCAUCACCUUCGUCUGUAAACUUUUAUAUCUUCAUAUUUUUCUUUUUUUAGAUUUUGCUACGAGUACAAUGUCUGCUUACAUGAAUUCUAAAUUAUAUUAUCCUCUUUUAAUGUUUAUUGCCCUUUUUCUUUUAUUUUCUUUACUAUCUUAUUCAUUAUUACAAAUAGUAACGGAUUUAAGCUAUCUCCUUGCUUCAUAUCUCUGUUCAUAUUAAAUUGUGUUAAUAUUUUUC